AUGGCUCAACAACAGUCAAAUGUUAUGCGGAGGAAACUCGUCAUCAUUGGUGACGGCGCUUGUGGAAAGACCUCACUCCUCAGUGUAUUCACUCUUGGCUAUUUCCCAACACAUUAUGUUCCCACGGUCUUCGAGAACUACGUGACGGAUUGUAGGGUGGAUGGAAAGAGUGUGCAAUUGGCCCUAUGGGAUACGGCAGGACAAGAAGACUACGAAAGAUUACGGCCUCUGGCAUAUUCAAAAGCCCACGUCAUCCUAAUUGGCUUCUCAAUCGACACACCGGACUCCCUGGACAACGUCAAGCACAAGUGGGUUGAGGAAGCGAACGAACGAUGUCCCGGUGUCCCAAUCAUAUUAGUCGGACUGAAGAAGGAUUUGAGAGAAGACCCAGUCGCCAUUGAAGAGAUGCGGAAAAGAUCACAACACUUCGUCACCACCCGAGACGCUACAGAAAUUGCACACGACAUUGGAGCCCGCAAAUACCUGGAAUGUUCGUCAUUGACAGGAGAAGGAGUGGAUGAUGUAUUCGAAGCCGCCACAAGAGCAGCUCUACUUACAUUCGAGAAAGGGGAGGGCGGCGGAUGCUGUGUCAUUCUAUGA